CGGGGCGGCACAACCAGCUGCCACGGGAUGGAGGGGCUGGGGGUGGGCAGCGUCCUGCUCACCGGCUGCGACGGGGGGCUCGGCCUGGGGCUGCUCAAGGGCUUGAUGGAGCAGCCCAGACCCCCCCGGCACAUCUUCGCCGCUUGCCUGGACCCCCAGGGAAAGGCUGUCAACGAGGUGGCUUUGGGCUGCCCCAGCGUCGUGGUCCUGCCCUUAGACGUGACGGACCCCAACAGCAUCAAGGCGGCGGUGGGGAAGGUGCAGGAGAAGGUGGGAAGCGCCGGCCUCAACCUCCUGAUCAACAACGCCGGCACCACGCGCCGCAGCACGCUGGCCACCGAGACGGCAGAGAACAUGACCCUGGUCUACACCACCAACACCAUUGGGCCCCUGCAGACCAGCCAGGCGUUCCUGCCCCUGCUGAAGGAGGCUGCCGAGGCCGAAGGGCAGCGUGAGAUGAGCUGCAGCAGAGCGGCCAUCGUCAACAUCUCCAGCAUCCUGGGUUCCAUCGAGGUGGCUGAGGCUUGGGAGGAGAGGCAGGACGUCUGCUACCGCUGCAGCAAGGCUGCCCUGAACAUGCUCACCAAGUGCCUGGCCCUGGAGUACGGGGGCAGCGGGAUCCUCUGCGUGUCUGUGGACCCCGGCUGCGUGACACCUCCCUUGGGAAGGGGGACGGGCCCUGUGACGGUGGAGGAGAGCGUGCAGGGUGUCCUGCAGGUGCUGGCCAAGCUCUCGGCCACCAGCAACGGCACCUUCUGGAAUUGGAGAGGGCAGACCCUGCCCUGGUGAGAGCAGCGCCCAGCCACCGCAACCACCGAGCUCAGUAAAGCUAAUUAAUGGCC